AUGAUUCAGGUCAGCAGUAUACGAAAAGAGAGAUCACAAUCGCCUACUGAUAGCGUAUACGUACACAAUCACUGCAAAAACCCAAAGCCAUUAAAUGUCACCGGUGCAUACAUAGUCCACGAUGAAAACGAUUACAGAGACAGUCUUCUUCCAGAUACAAAGGAUAUAGCUUUACCAAAUCACACCGAGUCCGUCAACGAGAUAUCGAUCGAUAUCGGGGGAUCGUUGUCCAAAGUUGUUCAUUUCGCUAAGAACAAAGAAGGUGGGGGUAGACUCAAUUUCUACAAGAUCGAAACGUCGAACAUCGAGAAGUUCAUCGCGUAUUUGAAAGAGAUCAUGAAAGUCCAUUAUCAUCACGACGGGGUGAACGAAAUAAACGAGAAUUUAACAUUGAUAGCAACUGGAGGAGGAUCAUACAAGUACUAUGAGGACCUACAAAAACAACUCAAUUGUCGAAUUCAGAAAGAAGACGAGAUGGAGUGUCUUAUCAUCGGACUUGACUUCUUCAUCAGCCAGAUUCCAAACGAGAUCUUUUAUUUUGACGAAAACAACCAUACCUACGUGGAAACAGAGAUUCCAGAAUCGGAAAGCGAAACAAUCUAUCCUUAUUUACUGGUUAACAUAGGGUCUGGUGUGUCGAUGGUCAAAGUCACUGGUUCCGGUCCAGAUAACUUCAUCAGAGUUGGUGGAUCGUCCCUUGGUGGAGGAACAUUAUGGGGACUUCUUUCCGUUUUGACGACAUGCAAUGACUUUGACGAGAUGCUGGAGAUGGCCUCCAAAGGUAACAACGAAGACGUGGAUCUUCUUGUGGGGGAUAUCUAUGGGAAAGGAUACAACAAAAUAGGACUGAAAUCAAACCACAUUGCUUCUUCCAUGGGUAAAGUGUUCAAGAAAGUUUUCCGGAAGACAGGUCAAUCAGAGAGUGCUUCUUCCGACAACAGACUCGAGAGAUUGCAGAAUUUCAACCAGCAAGACAUCGCAAGGUCGUUGCUGUAUGCAGUCUCGAAUAACAUCGGACAGAUCUCUUAUCUGCAAGCUCAGAGAUAUGGCUUGGACAAGAUAUAUUUUGCGGGCUCUUACAUCCGAAACCAUUACCAAACAAUCCGCACUUUAAGUUAUGCCAUCAAUUUCUGGUCCGAAGGUUCGAAAAAGGCAUAUUUUUUGAAGCACGAAGGAUAUUUGGGAAGUAUGGGCGCUUUUUUGAAAAAAGAACUAGAUAAUGAUAACGCUUGA